AUGAGCGACGAAGGAUACCCAGCUUCCAACUGGGAGCAUACCGACAGCGACCACCCUUCCUCCCACCAGAACCAUGCCUACAACGGCUCGCCCUACUUUCCUCGGGAGUCGCUCGAUGUACCUGGAGUACCGCUCACCCCGACAAAGUCUGCGUCACCGCCGCGCUCGAGCGUAGAGUCGCCUACACGACUGAACCACAUGCGAUGGCGCGACAGCGUGCCGCAGCCUGCGCACUCAUCGUCCGCCUUCUCGCCCUCCGAAGAUGGCAUACUCGAUACUAGUUUCGACGAGAAUGUGCUCAGGGCACUGUGUAAUCUAGAUUGUGGCGUGCCGUUGAUGUUGGAUCGAAUAAAACAGAGCACCGCUUCCUGCAAGGAAGUCGCGACAUUCCUGAGGAAGCGUAUGGAGAUGGAGGCGGAUUACGGCCGUAAUCUGCAGAAACUGGCACGCAGCACGGUAGAGAUGUAUGGGCAGCACGACGCUAAGGCUGGCUCCUUUAUGUUAGCUUGGAAGCAGACCUUGCAAUUACACGAGAAUGUCGCAGCCAGUCAUAUCAAAAUGGCUACAAUGUUGAAGGAGCAGAUCGACGAGUUGAACAAAGUGAUAGAUAAUUCUGAGCGUGAGAGAAAGCAGACAAAGGACCUCGCUGGUCGAUACGAGCGUGCUUUGCAAGAUGCCGAGUCUGCAACUGAGAAGAGCAAGAGCCGGGUGGAGGCCACCGCAGAGGAGCUCGAGCGCGUGCUUAUUCAGAAAGAGGGUGAAUCACUACGUGAUACGGGUGUGCAGGGUCGUUCACCUGGUGGUGGUCAUCGCACGCGAGUCAUCGGCAAGGCCGUGGCAAAAGGCGGAAUGUUGCUGAAGGGCAAGAAUCCGGGAAAUAUACAGCGACAAGCAGAUGACAUCAGACAGCGCAUGUCUGCCGCUUCUGAUCAGUAUCGUAAGAACAUGACCGACACGCAGGCGAUCCGUCAGGAGUAUUUCAACUUCCAGCUGCCUCGCAUUUUACGAGCUUUACAAUCCUGUUUGAACGACGUCGACCUGGGGAUACAAUACCACAUGAUACGGUAUUCAUUCCUUUUCGAGUCAACUGUACUUGGAGAUGGGACAACAUUGGCACCUCUCAAUCCUGAAGAAGCUGGCCUCAAGGCAAUAGCCGAGUCGAUAGACAACCGAGGCGACUUUAAGACCUACAUGCAAAACUACGCAGUCGCCCACAACGGCUCUAAUUGGCGUGGUCCUCGGCGCGAUGGACCGAGGGAUGAGGGCUACCUCCCGCCAAUAGCACCCUUGAUUCAGCAGAUGAAUUCUCCGAACACAUCCGUCUCGCAUGUUCAGGACAAGGGCCGUCCGUCGUUUGGCGUCGACUUGGCAGAACAGCUCCUUCGUGACGACUUAGAAGUGCCACCGAUUAUGGUCAAGUGCUGCGAAGCGAUCGAGAAGUAUGGUCUCCACGCUCAGGGUAUAUAUCGUGUAGGCGGAACAAUCACGAAGGUCAAGGAGCUGAGAGAGCGUCUUGAUAAAGACAUGGACACUGUGAACCUUGACGCAAACGAGUGGUCGUCGGAGAUUAGCGUGGUUACAAGCGUGCUCAAGCAAUGGCUGCGCGAGCUUCCGAACCCACUGAUGACCUUCGAGCUCCACGAGGAGUUCCUGGAGGCGGCCCGCGUGGACAAUGACCGGCUCCGUCAUAUUCGUCUGCACGAGCGGGUGAACGAGUUGCCUGAUCCAAACUAUGCAACCUUGAAGUACUUUAUGGGGCACCUUCACAAGAUCGCAGAAUAUGAGGCCGAGAACGCUAUGUCGGUCCAAAACUUGGCUAUCGUGUUCGGUCCCACACUAUUUAAACAGGCCCAGCCGGGUGUGAACGGCAACAUGACUGGGAUGGCAGACGCGGGUUUGCAGAACAAGGCACGUUCCUCUGCUUUGUGCCGUUCUCCUAUUGCCAACUGA